GGUUGGGUGUGACGUCAAGGCACAAGUGCCGCCGACCAUUUUUCUGGGAAUUUUAAGGUUGACAAAAUUGAGGAAACAACAACUGUUGAAUGAUCGGAGAACUCUGAUAAAACAAUUCUAUCAUCUGGGGUUGUCAGAACAUGUUUGCGAUGAGACAUUUCAGCGGAGCAGAAAAUAUUGAUUUAAAAAUGUCAUAAUUUAUCGGAACACACCAACAAAGACAACCGACAUUCUGUUGCACAUUCCAAUAUUUUCGCGGCUGUUUAUUUAUUGUUGGAUAUUCAUAGCCAUAGGCGAAUAGACUUAAUUGCUAAAGAGGCUGACCUAACGGUGCCACUUCCAACUUUUUCCGCAUGAAGGUCCGUUCUUUCCCUUCUUUCGCAAAGCUGUAUCAGACGAGCUGCCUCGCAUGAGCCACCUCGGGGCGAGUGUUCUGCUCUGCCUGCUCGGGGAAUCAGGAUGAGAAAACCCAAAGUUGGACGAAUGUUUCUGGCGACAUGCGUUGGGUCACUUUUUAUGGUCAUAUUGUACUUUCAGAACAUCACAAGGCCAGCUGUGGAGCAGUCUGGGGGGAAGGGCAUCGCCCCAGGGAAGACCAGGAGAAGUCCACUACAGACCCUCUACAACGGAGACCAGUUGGAUUUGUCUGCAGUGCAGACGUCUCUGCGUGAUCGGCGGGAGCUGCUGGAGCAGGCGUGUCUCACCCACACCAAGAAGCGACGGGUGUUGACCCCAGACGACCUCCGCCACCUCAUCGUGGACGAUAAGCAUGGCCUGCUGUACUGCUACGUCCCCAAGGUGGCCUGUACCAACUGGAAACGCGUCUUCAUGGUCCUGACGGGGGACGGACGCUACCACGAGCCCCUAGCCAUCCCUGCCAACGAGGCCCACGUGGCUGGCAACCUGCGCACACUGUCAGAGUACUCUACCUCUGAGAUCAACCGCCGUCUGCGCAGCUACCUGAAAUUCAUCUUUGUGCGGGAGCCCUUCGAGAGGCUAGUGUCGGCCUACCGCAACAAGUUCACCCGCAGCUACAACACGGCCUUCCACAAGCGCUACGGCACCAAGAUAAUCCGCCGGCAUCGGCCCCAACCCCAGCCGGAUGCGCUGGAGCGGGGCAACGACGUCUCCUUCCAGGAGUUUGUGUACUACCUGGUGGAUCCCCGCACACAGAGAGAGGAGCCCUUCAAUGAGCACUGGGAGCGGAUCCACUCACUGUGCCACCCCUGCCUCGUCCACUACGAUGUGGUGGGGAAGUAUGAGACUCUGGAGCAGGACUCCCGCUCUGUGCUGCGGCUGGCUGGCACUGAUGGGGAGGUCCGCUUCCCUACCUCAGGCAAGAGCACCAGGACCAACGGGGACAUGGCGGCUCAGUUCUUCCAAAACAUCAGCCCCUUUUACCAAAAGAAGCUGUACAACCUUUACCGCAUGGACUUCCUGCUCUUCAAUUACUCCAACCCAGAGUACUUGAAGACUAGAUGAGGGCGACUCUCUCCAUGUCAGCUAGAGAUUUAGUAAUCAAUCUGUUUGGCUCUGUAAUUUGUAAUUCAUCUGGGUGCGUAGAGCUUGUAAUUGAUGUUCCAGAUGUUAUUUAUACAGGCCUUGCCAGUAGGGUGAAUCACUACAUUGUCAGAUGUAAGAAGUUUAUGGGCAUAGGUGGCUGACCUUGGAGUCGCUAUAUUUGCUUUAAUCCUCGUCAUGUGGCCUAGAUAAGAGAGAAGCAGGUUCUUCUUUUACAAUUGAAUGUGUCGAGGGUUGUAAAGAACUUGUUGUGUGUAUCACAGAAUCCCUCGACUAUGCCUUCUUCUUUAUUUAUACAAUUGUAAGAGUAUUUAUUGAGUCAUGGACAGAGCGCAUUGGGUGAGGACAUUCUAAUUCAUGCAUUUCUUUCUGCUUGCCCAUACAGCAUGUUUCUUUGGCUCUUGGACAUCUUCUGUAGCCAAAAAUGUUCCUCUGGGGGACAAAGGGUGUCAUAAAACUUACAUAAACCACCAAACAAAAGAAAGCAUAGUCCACAAAUAAAAAGAACGAAAGAAAAUAUAUAUAAAUAAGCAAUUUACUCUCUAUUGACAGAAGUAUGAGGCUUG